AUGCUUGCCGUCCGUCUGUGCUCAUGUGCUCAUCAGAGAGCUUUGUUACAACAGCUUAACUGGCACGAUCCCUGCAUCCAUCGGCAAUCUCAUAAGCCUCGAUUACUUGUUAGUGCCACCGAUCAGAUAGUGCUGUUCCUCAUUUGCUCCACAUGUGGACCCCAAUACAGGUGGUUGAUUGGAAACAAUUUGACGGGCUCCAUACCUGCAACGUUAUCCAGCCUUGUGCUUUUGACCAACUUAUACCUACAUGGGAACAACCUGACUGGCUCGAUACCAGCCUCACUGGGCAAACUUUCUAAUCUUGGAAAUCUACUCCUUUUCUUCAACUUUCUGACCGGCUCAAUUCCUGAGUCGCUCUUCAAUCUCGUGAAACUUAGCACGCUGCAGCUUGGCUACAACAACUUGACUGGCACCAUUCCUGAGUCCCUCUUCGAGCUCACAAACCUCAACAACUUAUUGCUAUGGAGAAACGAACUGACUGGCUCCAUACCUGCAAGUAUAGGCAACCUUGUAUUCCUGAAUGGGUUGUACCUUGGUCCCAACAACCUCACUGGGAGCAUCCCAGAAUCCAUUGGCAACCUCUUGCAGCUCACAAUCUUGAUAACGACACAAUUCUUUCCUUUUUACCUACCUACACAUAUUCCCCCCUCCCCUCUCCUCCUCCCCACGCCCCUCCCUUCCCCACCUCCAGCACCCCCCUCCCCACCCCCAACGCCCCCAUCCCCACCUCGAGCACCCCCCUCUCCAGCGUCCAUCUCCCCACUCACAGCCCCCUCCACAAUGGGCCCAUCCUCCUCCUCUUUCAGCCCUCCUCUCUCGCCUCAAGCUUCUCCCUCCCAGUCGGGAAGCAGUCUCUCUGUGGGAGCCAUUGCCGGCAUUGCUGUGGCUGCUGUGAUGCUGCUGAUCAUUGGCGUGCUGCUGUGGUGGUGGAGAGAGCAGAUCCUGAUCUACGAGUUUGUUUCCAAUGGUGACCUUGAUCAUUAUAUCAAGAAGGUAUUGGGCACCCUGCUGCGUCUCCCAACGUUUGUCACUCAUGUCUCUCACUCUCAUGUUCUCUCACGUUCCUUCCUCGUUUCUCACGUUCUCUGCAUGUGUGCAAAGGCAUCCUUCACUCUUGCCUUCCAGCACUUCCUUCUCUCAUGUUCCAUCACUCUCUUGUUCUGCCACUCCCUCGCUCUCUGCAUGUGUGCAGAGGCGUCCUUCACUCUCACCUUCCAGCAGCGGCUGGACAUCCUCAUUGGUGCGGCACGUGGCUUUGAGUACCUCCACAGCUUUGGCCUUGUGCAUCGCGACAUCAAACCUGCCAACAUCCUCCUUGGGGAUAAAAUGCAGGCCAAGAUUGCUGACUUUGGGCUGUUGAAGGCGGGAGAGGGCACCGCUGUCCGCACAACUCGGGUCAUGGGGACACCGGGCUAUGUGGAUCCCAUCUACACGCGCACGUCCAAGGCCACCACUGCCACUGAUGUGUACAGCUUCGGUGUUCUCAUGCUUGUGGUGCUUACUGGCUGUAGGCCCCACUCUGGUGAUGGUGACAAGAAUGGGCACAUUCUGCGAUGGGUAGGUGCUGCUGCUGCUGCUUUGUGUGCAGCACACGAGGUACAGAGCAUGUGA